UCCUGUUUUAGUUCACGCACAGAUUUUGAAAGAACAGAUAGAGGAAAACAUUAAUUAUUGAUAUUAUCGCACAAGACGCAGAUUUAUCAAUAGUCCGGUCGAACGGGCUAGAUAGAGGCUGAUUUCCGACAACGAAAUGAGCCCAAACUGUGGGUUCAUGCGAGGGAAAGACGCCUCGUGCUUCUCAAUGUAAUGCGGGAAAUUAUCAACGUCCAAGUCGGUCAGUGUGGAAACCAAAUUGGUUACAAGCUUUGGGAAAUCAUUUGCUCUGAACAUGGAAUAGACGAAGAAGGACGCUACAUAGGGAACUGUAAUUCCCAGUUGGAGAAAAUUGAUGUUUAUUUUGCUGAGGGUUCUGAAAGUAGAUAUGUACCACGGUCUGUUCUUGUCGACUUGGAGUCAGGUACGAUGGACUCGCUUCGCUCUGCGCCGUUUGGAAAAGUUUUCCGACCCGAUAACUUUGUUUUCGGGGAAUGUGGAGCAGGAAAUAACUGGGCGAAAGGUUUUUACACAAAUGGAUGCAAUCUCUUGGAAGAGGUCUUGGACGCGGUGCGAAAAGAAGCCGAGGGAUGUGACUCGAUCCAGGGCUUCCAAAUUGCCCAUUCCCUGGGCGGCGGCACGGGAUCUGGGCUCGGUACUCUGAUACUUUACCAUCUACAAGAGGAAUAUCCAGAUCGCAUUCUGAGCGCCAUCAGUGUUUUUCCUUCGCCGAAAGUUUCUGAGAUUGUUAUUGAACCUUAUAAUGCCACUCUAGCUGUUCACCAGCUGAUUGAGACCACUGAUGAAGUGUUCUCGUUUGAUAAUGAAGCGCUUUACGAUAUUUGUUUUAGGACGCUUAAACUUGGCACCACAACGUACUCGGAUCUGAAUCAUAUCAUAUCGACGACCAUGAGUGGGGUUACCACCUGUCUUCGUUUUCCCGGACAGUUGAACGCGGACAUGCGCAAAUUGGCCGUGAACAUGAUUCCUUAUCCACGCCUUCAUUUCUUUAUGCCUGGCUUCGCACCGCUGACCAGCAGGCAGUCACAGAUUUUCCGCAAUCUGACAGUUAGUGAACUGACACAGCAAAUUUUUGACGCUAAGAACAUCAUGAUUGCAUGUGAUCCUAGAAAUGGUAGAUACCUUACCUAUGCCGCUAUGUUUCGCGGCAAAAAGUUAUCAAUGAAGGAAGUUGAAGACCAAAUGAAAAGCGUUCAGGACAAGAACUGCGGACAUUUUGUGGAGUGGAUUCCACAUAAUGCUAAAGUUGCGGUUUGCAAUGUUCCUCCACACGGAAUGAAAAUGUCGGCCACAUUCAUCGCGAAUAACACAGCUAUACAAGAACUUUUUAAACGACUCAAUCUGCAGUUUAAGGUUAUGUAUCGCAGGAGAGCAUUUUUGCAUUGGUUCACUGAGGAGGGAAUGGACGAGAUGCAAUUUAAACAGGCGGAGUCUUGUAUGUUGGACGUAAUUUCUACGUAUCAACAAUGUCAGGAUCUUAAAGUCGAUACAAGUCUUGAUAACUUAGAAAUUACGGACUUAGAAGAGUUUGAGGAUUCUCUCGAAUCAUGGGACUGUUUAGAUGGUCACGUGAACGGUCGCGCGAACAAUUUGCCUCUCGUGACAGCCGGUCAGUGACUGUUUGACCAAUAAAGAUUGCUUUGGUUUGCCUUAUUUUUGCAUUUAAGGCAUGAGGCGCCAUAUUUGGCGUUCAUGACAACCGUAGUAUUUGGCGUUUAUGAGUAACGUAAUAUUUCCUGUUCGAUCACACUAGUUUAACAAAUAAAUAAAAUCUUUUUCAUAUAA